UAGUUUUUGUGAAGUCACGGUAGUCCUUUAGUAGAUCUAAUAAAUGACAGUAGUUGUAACAUCCAAAAAAUAACUUCUUGUCAACAUCAUCACAUACCUAACUUUUUAAUCGUUUGAAUUUUAUCUUAUCGUUUCAGUAAAUAAAAGAAAACAUGUCUUCGCCUCAAACUCACGUUUACAAAGUCGCGAUGACUUGUGAGGGGUGUUCAGGAGCAGUGGAAAGGGUACUUAAUAAAUUAAAAGAUAAAGGAGUAGAAGAUGUCAAUAUUGAUUUACCUGGGCAACAGGUAAAGGUGAAAACAUCACUAUCAUCACAAGAAAUCUUGGAUGUCAUUAAAAAAACCGGAAAAGAGACUGAAUUUAUUCAAACUUUGUAAAAUUAAAACAUUCUUUAAUGCAGCUUAUUUGGGAAAAUUAAAAAUUGAUUAAAUUGGAUUGUAUUAUUAUUAUUUAAUAAAAUUUAUGUUGUUAAAA